AGUAAAAAUAUGUUGUCUCUGAUCUAAUAAGACGGAAAUUAUUUUUUGGUUAUUUCCCAUAAUUCGAGCAAAUACAGCAUUUUUUAGGACCUGCUUUUAUCUUAAGUGCAUAGCUACUUUAUUAAAGAGUGCUAGUGCUUUGCGUGUCUUUAUAAAAAGGUGAAAAGCGUUGAAGGAAUGCCCGCCGCGCGUUCAUGGGUUUAUUUUAUUUCAAAAUGGCGUCAAACGCGUUGGUUCGGAGUGCGUCAUAAAUAGACGCGGUGCAAGUGUGUUAAAAAUGGCUAUAAAUAGAGGACUUGCAUUGAGAUAGUUGCAUCCGCUGCGACUAAAAAUGUCAAAUACAGUGAUAACUAACUAUACCGAUCUAAAUGGACCUUCUACGAAAGCCGACAGUUCUGUUGUUGUUAUUGUAAACAAGGAUGGAUCUCUUUCUGUUGAUCAGAAUUUACUUGGAACUCUAAUGGGUACAGAUGGCUCCCAAAGUGCAGGGAUUAGUGUGGUCCGAGUAGGGCAUGAAGGACGUCCUGAUGACGCCACAGACUCCGAGAGUGAUGAUGACAAAGUUCCACAUGUUACUCUUUCAGUUGAUAGCUAUUAUGAUGAACCAAACAGUAUCAUAAAAUAUGAUAGUGGAGCUGAAAUGUUGCAAUCACUGAGAAUUGAGACUCGCGAGAAUAGUUUAGUGGGCUUUCAAAAUGACCACUGUUACACUCCCCUUACAUCACCAAGUCAAGGAGUACCACAGCGGAGCGACAGUUUUUCAGGUUACGAUGAACCAAUUCUUGAAAUCACUCACACCCCUCCACCGAAACCUGUGCCGCAAUCUAAGAAAAUUACCAUACUGGAACAACAGAUCCUUCCCAAAGGCAAAAAGAUAAUAAUUAAUCCCUCGGAAUCAUCUGUUUUAUUGAAAGGUAAUGAUAUUUUAAACAAACCAUUACCAGUUUCUGGUAAAUCAAAACUGCUUAGUGAUGUGGAUAAAAGUUCAGAGAACUCCGAGUCUUCAUCAAUAAGUUCUGGUGAUAGCAUUCCUGAUAGAGAUUCUGAUUCUGACUAUAAGGAUACUAAAGACAGAUCACUAAGAAGUGUACGCAAAAGUAAAUUGAAACCUCGAAUAUUAAAGAAUGUGACAACAGGAAAAGGUGCAAAAUUAGACACUAAAGUAGUCUCAAGGCUUAAAUCAAAUAAAAAUAUUCUUAAAAAGGACAUAAAAGAAAAAAUUCACAGUAAAGCUAUUACUGAAAGGAAACAAUCUGAAUCAGAUCUUGGAAUAUUCAAAGAAAAUCUUACAGGUGAUUUGCCAACACCUACUCCAGGUACAGUUGAGGUAGGUAAAGUUGUCUCCAAACAAACUCCGAAACCAGUGAAAAAAGAGAAGAAGACACCAGCACAUGUUACAGCUUUGUUGUCUGAUAUGACAUCAUUAUUUUCAACACCUGAUGUUAUAAGAAGAGUCUCUACAGAUGGUAAAGUUCCUGCAAAACCUGAAAAAGAACCAUCACCUGCUAAAAAGAUAGUAAGUCUUCUAAAGACUCAGGAACCGUCUGAUGCUAAGUUGCCUGAAAAUCAGAAAGCUCUGGAUAGUGCUUCAAAGGGUAAAAAUAUUCAACAAAAAACCUAUGCAAAGCAGAAAGAAAAAGUUAUGCCGGCUGACAAAGUGGCUAAAGGUUAUGAUCUCAUACCACAAUUAGAUGAUGCUAGUUUGGCUCAGAUACUUCAAGAUACAACAGGAAUGUCAUCAACAUCUGCAAAGGUUCAGCCUAAUAUUACAACAGCAAAUACUAUGAACAGUCCUGGAUUAGCUGGUCCUUUGUCUCCAACAUUAGAUUUAUUGGGUGGUUUACAACCGGAGGAAGAGGGAUUGACUGAAGAUUUGUUGAUGCAUGUGGCACAGUUAGUGGAGAGCUCUGAGAAUUUGCAAGAGGUAAUAGACAAGCAGGUGCUAGGUAAGGUUGACACAGUGCCUGCUAAAGCUCCUCUUCAGUCCCCAUUCCAACAAGCACAAACAGCUAUGUAUGCACAAACACCUACUAGGGCAGUAAAGACUGUUGUACCUAGAAAGGAUCCGAUAGAAAUAGUGCGCCGAGAUGGUCGUGUUAUUACUCUGCCACCAAUAGAAGCACCAGCAACUCGGUCAUCUAAAAGGAAGAGUCAAAUGGACACAACUGGCACUGCAGAUGCUUUAACAACACCUACAGCAGCUCCAGUUCAUACUGUGUCUGUAACACCUGAGCCUCAAGUGCAGCAAGUAUCAAAACAGUAUGUCAACAAAAAAACGCCUGCAAAGAAACAAGAACAAGUGGUACAGUCUCCAGUUGUUGAGAAACUAUCUGCAGAGUCUCAAGAAAGUUGGAAUUCAGAAGAUGAUCCAAACAGGUUGUGGUGCAUUUGCAAGCAGCCACAUAACAAUCGCUUCAUGAUUUGUUGUGAUGGCUGUGAAGAUUGGUUCCAUGGUAAAUGCGUGAACAUCACCAAGGCUAUGGGGCAACAGAUGGAGGAAAGGGGUAUUGAAUGGAGAUGCCCCAACUGUGUCAAGAAAACGAAAGCCACCCCCAAAUCGCAAAAUAAGCAGGCAACACCUCAAAGGAAAAGUGAGUCUGAAGAUGUACAUCCACCAAUACCAACACCAGGCCUCAUUCCAAAGGAUGGUGGCUCUAAAACUGGUUGCAUUGUCUGCAAGAGGCCUGCCCGUGCUAGUAGCAUAUAUUGCAGUGAUGCUUGCAUAUUGAAACAUGCUCAAGACUCACUCGGAACACCUCCAGGUCCUUCUAAAGCUGAAAUUGUACCUGGCAAAUCUCAGGAGAAACCAAAGUCAGAUUCAAGGGUUAUUGUCUAUGAGCGUAAAACAGGGAGACUGUUGGCUGGACCAAAUGCCCCAACUGCUGAGAACUUAAAGACAUGGUUACAAAAGAAUCCCACUUUCGAAGUUGUUCGUCCAGGAACUCUCCACACUAUCAAACCAAAUGUUAUGAAAAAGAAAUCUGUAACUGAGGCUAAUAAAGUUCAGACCACUCUUAACUUUGAGAGAAUACCGCGUAAAUCUGCUGAACAGCCAGGUUUGGUAAAAACUCCACAAUCCGAGGCUAAGGAGAGGCCUAAAAUACUGUCGCCGAAGGUGGAAGUGAAGGGGCCCCCGCAAGCACGAACGCCCGUAGCAACUCGAUCGCAGCCACCGCAGUACCAGGACACUCCAAGGCCAAGUACAUCGAAAAUGAGUGAACCCAAGAAACCAGUCAGAGCUUUAAAUAGAUCUCAAUCAUCUACGCAUGAUAAGGUUCCUUCAGUCUCGCCGUCAACUUCGCGCCGAAAAGAGGCUCCUGAAUCAAGAAAAAGAAUGGACUCUACAGAACCAAUUCGUGAAAAUGUGCGGAAAUCGUUACAAGAACAGAUGAGCAUCAGAAUGACUGAAAAUAAAGGCCGCAAGUUCACAGAGGAGGAAAUCCAUCAGUUUGCUGUUGAUACAGAGGAGGAACUGCAUGAAUUGUUCAGCAGAGAUGUCGGCAUGAAGUACAAGGCUAAAUACCGAUCACUCAUGUUUAACAUUAAAGAUCGCAAGAAUCUCACUCUAUGGCAGAAAAUUUGUGAUCGCAAAAUAACGCCACAACAGCUGGUUCGACUUUCUCCAGAGGAGUUGGCAAGUCAAGAGUUAGCACAAUGGAGGGAGGAAGAGGCUAAACAUCAACUAGAAUUGAUCAAGAAAUCGGAGUUAGAUUUGUUAGCAGCCAACAAGACUUAUGUGUUGAAAACACAUAAAGGGGAAGAGGUGAUGGAAACAAAGGAAUCCGUUCAAACAGAAUUAGAUCCAGAGGUUCCUGUUGAAGAUUUGGUGUCUGCUCUGAAUGAUUCAACAGUGGGUGAUGAAACCCCAGUUGAUAUAAGCCAAGAAAAACCCGAGUCUUUAAGUAAACCUGAAUCCAAACAUGGCAGUAGCAGGAAGAGGGAUCGGGAGAAUAGUUCAUCAGGUCGCUCCAAAAAGAGCAGUCGGGAGUCUAAACGUGACUCUGACAACAAAAAAUCUCGAUCUUCCAGACGUCGAUCAGAUGGAAAAGACAGAGAGGAACGCUCGAUGCGUAGGUCAGACAAGAAGUCAAGCAGAGCUAGGUCUCUGUCGAAGGAACGGCCAAAAACAGAAUCCAAAGAAAAGUCUGAUUCUAGUGAACGCUCAAGGCGUAGGUCGCGGUCAAGAUCACGGGCAAAAUCUAAGAAGCGAUCGAAGUCUCGAGAACAUUCCAGAUCCACUUCGCAAGGCCGAGAGCGGUCCUCAUCGCGGGACCGUACGAGGAAGCAGUCUCCGUCUAGAGAAAUCAAACGUAGGCGUAGUUCCCGCACUAAACAUUCCUCUAGCACUGAGGGAAAACAGCGCUCCAGAUCUCAAGAAAAUGUUGAUAUGAAGAGUAAGAAUGAUUCCACGGAUUCUGAUUCCAUAGAGAGGCCAAAGUCUGCAAUGUUGAAAGAGAUUCAUCCUGAAUAUGAUCCUCAUGAACCCAUGAUCACAUCCGCAUUCUCUGAAGAAGAUUUGAGGAAGUCUGGGGGAGAAAGCUAUGAAGACACUUACAAAAGUGAAGUGGUUGAAGAUUUUGAUGCAUCAUACGACCCUGCAAAGCCAUUUUCUAUUGAUACAAGUGUCAUAUUACCUUCAACAAAAUUCACAGGAAGACAAGAAAAAGUUUCUGAAGCUGAAAGUGACCAAGAACCUAGCAGCACAGUUGAAAAUUCAGCUGUAACAGUUUGGAAUGGUUGCAUCAACAUGGUGGAUGUUGCCAGGUUUUAUGUGGCUGCACAUGAGGUUUCAGGUCAUGCCUCUGACUUAGAAGAAGAUCUCAGCCCGGAAUUAGACAUUGUAGGCAGAAUAAACCCAGACACUGUUUGGGACUACAUUGGCAAAAUGAAGCGCGCAAGCAACAAGGACAUCAUUAUCCUUCGGAUGCAGGCUGCGAAUGACGAGGAAAAAAUGCAAUAUAUUGCGUUGUAUAGCUAUCUUAGUAGUCGAAAUAGGUUAGGCGUAGUAAAGGUGUCUAACACGACCGCGGUGAAAGAUUUCUACAUAGUGCCGCUGCCAGCGAACACGGCUCUGCCCUCGGUGCUGCUGCCGCUGGACGGGCCCGGCCUAGGAGAGGUCAAGACUCACCUGCUCCUCGCUAUCGUCAUCCGACAGCGAAAAAAGCGUCAAGCCUCACACAUUCCUAAAGACAUUGUCCCUGCAAAGGUGGCACGUGGGAACAGAAAGCGAUCGUAUACGCCUCCUGUGGUGCCUCGGAGUGCCACUCCGCCCUCUGCGCGCCUGCCGUUGCCCACUUACACCUCUCCUGCGCUCUCUACGUCGGUCAAGGACAAGAUAGCUGCCUCGUUAGCGGCCGCCGAUGACGAGGAAGCGUACAGCCCCGGCUCGUCCAGCAGCAGUGGCAGCCUGCCGGCCGCGUCGUCCGGCGGACCCGCGCCCGCCGUCGCCACAGCCACCGCGCCUUCCGACAAGCUGCGCUCCAAGAUGGAAGAACUCAACCGACAGAUUGAAGAACAGAAGCAGCAAAUUCUUAAAAUGGCCCAGGCUGACUCGUCGGUUGGAGAGGACGAAGAAGCAUAUUCUCCAUCUCGACCUAUGACUCCCCCGUCAGUGGUUCCGUUGGCCGACAUCGCGCUGCCCUCUAACCUACAAGAGAUUCUUGCCACUAUCAAGCAGCGUUCUGAAACUACCACCGGCGACGUCGACAUGCGCAAUCUUCCCUUACCGCCAUAAAAACUAGAACCUUUAGUUGUUUAAUUUAUAAGCACAAGUAUAGAUUUAUUUUUAUGCAGUACAUGAUUUAGUAGUCUACUGUGUGUGAAAAAUUGUUUCCAAGCAUUUUUAUCCGCCUUGUGCUCUGAUUGUUGCCUGAAAAGGUCGAGUGGUAAAUGUGUUUGUGUAUAUUUCUACUUUUGUAGAUAUAAUUUUAUUUUAUUAGAUUAUAAUACAAACGCAAUAUGAACUUGGUAAUAUAUUAUUCUUCAAUAUUAAAGUAGAUUUCAUGCAAGUUAAAAAGCAGUUUAAUGAGUGCAAUAGAUGGAUGUUAACACAUUACUACAUACAGAAUCUAUGAAUGAAGAAAGAUGAGUGCAUAAAAAUACUAAUAAAAAAUUACAUUUUGAAAUCGGAUUGUAUUCUGUAUAUAAAUUUAUAUAUUAUUAGGUCUUUUAAAAUGCAGUGUACAAAAAAUAUACUUAAAAUAAAACUUUCGCUUAGUACAUAA